UCCUGAAAGGGCAUUGUGUAGUUGUGCGAGUGCAGAUAUGCCUCUGUGCGCUUUUGUAUCGGCGUCGGAGGCGGUGGCUUCAUGAGUUGCUUCGCAGACCGGCGGCCGCUUUCUCCUCCCCUUCCCUUCCCUUAAGCCGCCACUCGUCGGAGCUCACCACACUAGAAUUAACUGUCUUGAGUUCGCGUCCGUUUGUCACGGGUGGCCUUUGGAGCAACGGGAGGUGCGCGCGACUACGCGCACUCAGAGCCCUCUGACGGGCUGCGGACAGGCGGGCCGGCGCUCGCUCCAGACAGGGCUGCUGCUUCCUGAGGACGGCAAUGGUAGUUGCGGAAACGGCUGGCGAGAAUGCCACGAACCUCAUUUUGGGAGGAAUCAAGUGUUUGUAAUAUGAUGAAAGAAGAUGGAAAACAAUAUUGUCAAUCCCUAAAAAACAUUUUAACCUGACACCAUACAAUAGUCCCUUAACAUCAUAAAUGGUGUAUAUUAAAUCAGAGAAAAAUGGGAACACUGCUUCUUCUACAAAUACUUAAUGGAAAGAUCUGCAAAAGAGCAUCAAAAAGAGCAUCAAAUUUGGAAAAAAUGUAUACAUUUAUUUGUUGAGCUAAAUUUCAGUUCACGUAUAAUACACUAGAUCCUAAGUAGAAUAAAAAGAGAGCUUUUGUGGAUACUUGUAUUGAACAUGACUCAUGGAGAAGAUCUUGUCUCUGAGAUGCACCAGGAUUCCAUUGUUCUAACUUACUUAGAGGGAUUACUAAUGCAUCAGACAGCCGGAGGUUCGGGUUCUGUCGUUGACAAAAAGCCUACUAGUAAUGCUGAAGAUCAGAAUUUCAGCGUUUCUGGAAAUGCAUCUCCUAGCUGUCAGAGAGAUGGUGUUCCCAACACACAUACAUAUAGAAGUUCUGGCAUGUUGCAUCAUAAAAAGGCAAGAUUGCUACAGUCUUCUGAAGACUGGAAUGCUGAAAACAAAGGACGAUUGUCUGAUUCUUUUGUGGAUAUAAAUGAGAAAAAAGAAGCGUUGUUGGCUGGCAUGGUUGAAAAUGUGCCUAAAAGCAAGCAAGAUAGCACAUUGCUGGCUUCCUUACUACAGUCAUUUAGCUCUAGGUUGCAGAGUGUUGCUUUGUCGCAACAAAUUAGGCAGAGCCUUAAAGAGCAAGGAUAUUCGCUCAGCAAUGAUUCCUCGCAGGUAGAGAAAGACUUGAGGUGCUAUGGUGUUGCAUCCAGUCACUUGAAGACUUUGCUGAAAAAAAACAAAUUGAAAGAUGAAAAACUGGAGACUGGUCUGCCAGAGCUAACAACAAACCUAGUUCAAGAUCGGUUUAAAGAAUCUACACAUUCAGGACAAAGUGGUUCAAAAGCAAUGAAUGAAUCACUUUCUUGUGCUGCAAGACUACAAGCUGUUGCAAACAUGGUAGAGAAAAGAUCUAGUCCUGCUGCAUCACCUAAGCCAAGUGUUGCCUGCAGCCAACUUGCUUUGCUUCUUUCAAGUGAAGCACACUUGCAGCAAUAUUCCAGGGAACAUGCUCUAAAAGCACAAAAUGCCAAUCAAAUCGCAAGUGAGAGACUUUCUGCUAUGGCAAAACUAAAAGAAACUGUUCCUCCAAAAGAUGUUGGUCGUUUUAAACUAUCAAAAGGAAUGGAAAGCCAUUUGAAUGGUCAGGCAAGAUGUUCAAACAAAACAACAACCAAUAAAAGCAAUACCACAAAUUUUCAGAGUCAUAUGGGCAUAAUUCAUUCAUCUCCAAAAUUUACAAACUAUAAAACAUCAGAAAAAAGUCAUAUGAAACCACCUACUAACAGUAGUUUGCUUUUGCACCUCCUGAAAAAUCAUAGUACUACUAAGCAGAACAAACAAUAUGAACAAAAUGACAGGUCCAGCAUUUUUGAGGAAAGCAGUACACCAACUACUGUUGAUGAAUACUCUGACAACAACCCAAGUUUUACAGAAGAUGAUAGUAGUGAUGAUGAGAGUUCCCAUUCAAAUUGUCUUCCUAUAGAUUUGUCUUUCAAACAAAAAACAAAUACUCAAGAUUCAGGGCAGACAACUUCUCUAGACAAUUUAACUCAAUCGUUGUUUCAUAGUUGGGAAUCAAAAGUCCCAUGUCUGGAAAACAUAGAAGAAAAAGAUACUUCUAAAAAUACAAAAUUGAAUCCACACCAAAAAGUAACUUUACUGCAAUUGCUACUUGGUCAUAAGGAAGAAGAAAACUCACCAAAAGUUAAAGAAACAGAAGGAACAUUAGUUCCAGCUGAUGUGGCGAAAUUUAAUUUUUCAAUGACUAACAGAACUCCUAUUACUGACUCUUCUAAUACUAAUCGAAUAAUUCCAGUACAUACUCCUCCUUUGCAAACUUCUGCAAAAGCAGAUUCACCUAUCAACCUUUCACACAAUUCUCCUUUAAUGAUAAAAUGUAAUUCACCACCAUAUACUUGCAUCAUACAGCCCGAGAGACUAUCUAAUCCAGCUUCUAAACACUUGAUAGAUCUUACUAUUCACAAAGAACUUCAUGGAAGUAAACAAAAUAAAAAAGAAACUUUACAAACACCUUCAUCUUUCAGUGCAAGUAAACUAUUGCAAAACUUAGCUCAAUGUGGGAUGCAGUCUUCCAUGUCAGGGGAUAACCAAAGACAAGCAAACAAACAACUGAUGACUCUUAACACUGAGAAACCAGUAGGAUUGAUAGAUGGACUAAAUACCUCCCUGCUUCAUAACACAUCAUGUACACUUGAAAAAAACAGAAUUCUCACUAAUCAGUUUCUCCCAGAACAAAAACUUCCCAAUUCAGAAAUCCAAAAUCUGCUAGAACGACGCACUGUGCUCCAGUUACUUCUGGGAACCACCAACAAAAAUAUGAAUGAAACAAAGGAAAAAAUGUUUUUGAAAGAAGAGUGUUUACAAGAUCCAACAGAAAAAGUUUUGAAUGAACAAAUACUAACUGUAAAAAUAAAAGCUGAGCCUUCUGAGGAAGAAUCCAGUGCCCUUCAGAAUUCAAAUGCUCAACAAAUAAUUGAAAAUGUUAAUAAGAAAUUUCCAGAAACAACUCAUUCUUUAGAGAGAAAUAUAGCUAUUUCUCCAGCAUCAGAAGAAUUUCAGUCCCAGUCUCUUACAUCUCAAGACUUUUCCUUUUCGAAGAAUGGACUUCUAAGUCGAUUACUGAGACAGAGUCAAGAUGGCUGCUCUGCAGAUAACCUGGAUAGGAGAAACCAUGAACAGAGUUUUGUGGAAUCAAAAAGUCACAGUAUGCUCCCCAAAAAGAGAAAAUUGCAUUCUGAUUCUUUAGAAGGUCCUUUAAAAAUACUAAAAAGUAAUAAAGGUAAAAUAUCUGAUGUCACAAUCAACCACAAAACUACUGCAGAUGCUUUGUAUGGCAGUUGUCUUAACCAAAAAGAAUCUAAGUUCAUAAAAACUGAUUUUGAAAUAAAAUAUUCUUCAGGUUAUGUGUCAAAUAAUGAAAGUGAAAACAGAAGUUGGUCUACAGAAAGUAAAGGAUUUAAUGUGCUAAAACAACUGCUUCUAUCAGAAAAUUGUGAAAAAGAUAUGUCUCAGCAUAGAAAUAAUUUAUCAGUAAUGGAUGGCAAAAAGAAAGGAAGCAAACAUAACCUAACAAAUAAUGACAAGGCUGAAUUCAGUGUUUCUCCUAUGCAUACUCUCAUAGGGAACCCUGGGCAACCAAGCAAUUGCUUGGACUACCAGACAUUUCAAUAUUCAGUUGCUAUGAAGAGUCCUGCCAGUUCUCCCUUCACUGAACAUUUGGGAGGCACAGUAUCAUCAAAGCCAGAAUGUGACCAGUUUAGCAUUUGCCAUGUACCUAAUGAAAGGGGACCUCUAAAAUGGGUCAUCACUGAUUCUGACAAAAAUGAUCUUGAGAGAGACUCCCCAAGACUGACCCAAACUAAUCCAAUAUUGUAUUAUAUGUUACAAAAGGGGGGGAACCCUAUUAGUAUUCAGGAAGCCCAUAGCAAAGAUGCUUGGAGAGAUAAAUCAUUUAUGGAAAAUUCAUCUUCUGUCACAAUGAAGAAAGAGUUGUCUCCUGUCACAGAAUGUAAAACAUUUCCUAAUAGAAGAAAUGCAUACAUUAGCCAUUCAAAUAAUAUGUCCAUUCAACACAAUGGAGAAGUAUAUGGACUCUUAGAAAAGGUAUUAACAAUUAAAAAAGAACCUGAGUAGGUUAAAAUCUUACAAAGUGUUUACAAUCAGGUUUGAAUAUUUUCUUUGAAUAAAAUAAUGUAAAUCUAGCAUGAUUUGAGAAGAGCAUGGUAUAGCUAUGGUUUUGUUUGAUGAAUUUUUUUUGCUGAUAUUUAAGAUGCAUACAGCUUUUGUUCUUUAUUUUUGCUUUACUAGAAAUUUACUAGAAAUUUAUCACAAUACAUGUCAUCAGGACUUGUUAAUUAUGUAAAUGUCCAUGAGUAAUUUGCAGCUGGAUUGUACUCAGUGAGUAACUGCUAUUACUGUCCUUGCACAUAAGUAUUUGCUUAUGGAAAUCCAUACUAUUUUCCUUAAAUGUUUCAAAACCACGAAAGUGAUAAAUCACAGACAUUUCAAAAAGCUGUAUGUGAUUUGUACACAUGGCAAACAAAAUAAAUCAUAUGAGCAGAUUUAUUUACAUGUAUCUGGGCGAGUGUAGGAAUAAGUAUAGAGACAAAAGCAACUGUAGUAAAAUACAUAAAAAAGGAUUUUUUGUGAGAUACUGGUGUUACUCAUGCAAUGCAGUAUCAUUUAAAUAUUGCAUCAUUCAACAUUGUAUAUUUUCUCUUCUCUCACAACUGGGCUACCAUCAUCUUGUAUUGUCUGUUCAUUUAUAAAAUGUGAAGAAUAUUUUUAUAUAUAUAAAUGGAUCAUCAUCCAGGCCAAGUCAUUUAUUUGUUGUUUUUGUAAUACUUAAUCAGUGUUAACUAGAGAAUUGUACACAAUGAAAUUUCUAGUGCUUCCAAAUAGCUUGUAAUUUAUAUUUGCAUAAUUGGACAGAACCACAAGAAAUACUGUCCUUUUUUUGGUUGCCUUUCCUAGACACUCAGCUUCAAUAAAUUAAAUCUAGGUUGUGACUUUAAAAAAUAAUGAAGCUGAAUCAUAAAUUACUGGCAGGAAAAGAUAAAUCUCUUUCACUACUUUUAAUUGUUUAUUUAUUUACAUUUAUUCAAAUUUUCCAGGGAAAUUAACAUUAAGUUGAAAGAUUCUAGACUCAUGCUUAAAAAAAGAAAAAAAUAUGAUAGUCAAUCUAACAUUGUGAUCUAUUUUCACUAAUUCAUAUAUAUAAAAGAUUUAUAUAGCUAAGAUGAAAGAUGUAUAAAUUAUCAAAUGAUCUAAACCAGCUCAUGAUCAUUUUUAAACUUUUUCUAUCCGAGCAAUAAGAAAGGAAUUAUAAAUUGGAAGAACUGAAUGAUUUUAAUAUUUAAAUGCCUUAAAAUAAAUAAACUCUACAUUUGACUGCAGAACUGGAAAAUAUAAAGUAAAUAAACUAAGCAUCUACUAGUGUGAAAGAUGUUAUUUUAUUGAUUCAUGGAAUUCCAGAUGCCUAGAGGGGAAAGUGGCAAGAAACAUCAUUAAUAAAUGUAUUAUGUUCAAAAUUGUUGGUUUAAUUUAUCCCAUUAGACAUGAAAUACAUGUUAAACACAUUACAAAGCUAAAUAAAAAUAAUUUUUAAAUUUAGAUUAGUUCCAAUGAAAUCAUGGAUUAUUUAAAUUUUUCUAUAAUUAUAAUUUUGAAGUAUCAAGGUUAAUGGUACUUUUAUAUAUAAUUUUCUGCAUUCCUUUUCAAACACAUUACUUGGUAACACCUUUUAUUGUGAUUAAAUCCAGAUCAAUUCAAGUCUUCCACAGAUUUGGGUAAAAUUGUAUUUGACAAAAAGCCAAAUCUAGUACAGCUCAGCUCAGCAGGUUCAGCUAUGUUGAAAAUAUGUAUGUAAUAGUUAUUAUUGGCAGACUAAACUUUUAUAUAAACAGAUACAUAUCAUAACCUUUCAGGUUAUGCUGAGAGUAAAUGAGAAGGCUACUCUAAUUGAAAAUACAGAAAUUUAUUUCCACAAUAACUAGUAUGCCAUCAAAUGAAUUACGAAUAAAAUGUAAAUAGCAUAACAUCAAUUGUUUCCCAGAAACUGCCAUUAUUCCUUGAGAAGUUAGCAUAAUAUCCAGGUGCCAUCAGUAACUUAAUUUUCAUAAUUUCACUUAAUUCUUAUUACAGCUAUUACAUGACCCAUAGCAAUAGCAACAAAUUACAAGUCUUGCGUAAAUUCUUAUGUGUAAUAUUGAAGCUCAAGUCUUAUGUUCAUUAUAGGUGCAAAAAACCCCAAUCAAAUUAAAUUAAACUUUUUGUUUAGUGGUGUGUGCAAAACAUGGACAAUGUGUUUUGUUUUUAAAUGGAACAAACAUUGUUCCUUGGAAGUUCUGCUGGUGACUGUGAUUCAGCAGAACUGAAACCCAGAUAUUUUGGUUAUUGUGAUUUCAUCAAGACUGAAGUCUGGAAGUCUCUUACAAGAGGAAUAGUGUAAUACUGUUCCUUGCUCUUUUCUCCUUUAUCUUCUACAUGGCCUGUACAGCAAGUCAUUUACCAAUCUUCCCUAUGCCAUUUUUUCUCUACUUCUCAUUACACUAUGCUUGAAGGCAAGUACAUCAGCAGCAUUUAAAGAGAGCUAAUGAAUGGAUGAUCUGGGAAGAUUCAGAGGGUGGGCAUACUAAAUGAAUAAGCAGAGUUGAACUCAAGGAUGUUGGUCUAGAGAGAUUCUCAGUCAUCAUGAUUGUCCCAAAAGGGCAACUGAACUUCGUUUUUCCUUGAAGAUGUUUCAUUGAAGAUUUAAAGAAAUGUCUUGGAUGAGAAGCAAAACUUCAAGAAAGAACAAAGUCCAGUUGCCUUUUGAAAAGGCACCUUUGGGUCAAGGAUAUUGGCAACAGCAGUGUCCCUGCCUAUUUACUCUGUAUUCCCAAUCCCUUCCUUUAUAUUUUCUAGCUAUUUUCCUCAAUGUCUUUUGCUUUUGCCCAAUGGCUCUUCCCUCCCACUUUCAACAACACAUAUUUUGGUCUAAGUGGAACAUAAACCAAAAAUGUGCAUGAAAUUGAAAUUGAUUUGCAAGUUUCAAUAGACAUGUAUUAGUGCACUAUUAUAGUGCAAUCUUAUAAUGUAUUCUCAAAUGUAUUCUCAAAUAUUCUCAAAUACAUUCUUUUGAGUUCAUUAGAUUUAUUCAAAUACAGUUGAGAAGCAGUUUCUAUGUAUUUCUUUGCCUUACAACAUUUAGAAUCAGCCAUUUUAAUAUAGAAUCUCACUUUUCAACUAUUAAGUUAUAUUUGAGAUCAUGUUUAAUGGGCUUGAUUGUUUUGUGUCUCAAACACACAGGCAUGAAAACCUGGCUAAAACCUUUUUGCAUAAUUUUUAAUAAUACAUUAAUUGCUUUACUAUUCUUGCCACUUCAGCACCUCACACACAUGUAUUAUUUUGAUAAUAAUCGCUAGUUAGCAUUGCAUUAUUAGUAUUUUAUAUUAGACAUUUCUAAAAUAGAAAUAUUUCAGACUGCAAACUUCAAAAUACCACAUUUAAUAGCAAAACUUAGAAUUGCAGUUAAAAUUAAAUUAUGAACAUCACAUGUCUGAACUUGAUUCAUGUACUGCAGUUAAGUGUAAAUUAAUUAAGUAUUUAAGAUGUUAAAUGAAGAGAAAGGUUUGAUUUGAAGAAAAAGCACACAUUCCUGCAAGUGCUUUACUUUCAGCUUGACCUCAGGGCUGAGAACUACAAAAAGCAGUAAAUUGACUUUAAAAGUUAUUUUAGGAACGAGGGAUUAUCCACUCCUUCUGUUUCCCUCUUUAUUUUUAUUCUUUGGUUCCUAUCUGGAUCUCUAAUCCUGCGUAAAUUCAGUUACAAAAGCAUAAAAUAUAUACAAGAGUAAUAAGUAAUAUUUAUCUCAUUCUUCCAUCAUAUAAAAGCAAACAUAAAUUGACAUAUCCCCAACAUUUGGCAUUCUAUUUUACUCGGAAAAAUGUUUUAUUUUCCACACUUGGCUGUGACUCCAUGAAUAUAAUAGGGCUUACUUCCAAGUGACUAUUCAUAAUCUUGGAUGGUACAACUGAAUCACAUACAUGCUUACCUGCAAAUAAAUACUACUCAGAUUUUGCACAAAUGCAACACAUCCAUUUAUUCACUAAAUCAGACUGUCUUUUUUCAGGUUGUCCAAGUGAAUCCGAAAAGAGGUGUAUUUCUUUAAGAAAUCUGAGUUUCAAUGCAAUAUCACUUUUUUUUCAGGGCCAGGCUGGUAUAAUAAAUAGCAGAAACCUACUGUAAUUUCUCAAUAUCAGAAAUACUUGAUUUUUGAGGUGUGCUCAGCCACCUUUGUUUUUCUAUAACAAGAAAUAAGUAUUUAAUUUUUUGUUAAUAAUUUGUUUUCCCUUGGAUUGUCACUAAUGAGAGCAAAAUAUUACCAGUUAAUUCUCUGCUGCAUCUUAGUUGAAUAAACUGGCAAGUUAUAUUUUAUAUCUCUCUAUAUAUAUGUAUACAUAUGUAAAUAUAUAGACUUCUUAACAUGUUUAAUUUUUUUUCUAAAAACUAUGAUGUAAAUAGUGGUUUCUUUAAAAUACAUAUUUUGUAUUAUAUCAAAUGCAAAGAAAUUAACAUUUUAAUCAUUUUGUUCUGUAUAUUCCAUGUAUUAAUAAAUGUAAAUAUUAUUGCAUAGGGUUAACAUUUUGCAUGUAUGUAUACAGUGCAAGUCUGGAGGAAUGUAUAGAAAAUGUUUUAUUUAAAAUUGUAAUUAUUGCUGCAUGAUAAAUGCAUGGGGGACCCUGUGCAUCUCUGCAAUGGCAAAAAUUGUCAAAACCGGAUUAUCACUGUAUUCUGUUUCUGAACAUGACUUCUGCUAUGGUAUUUCAGCUUUGUAAAAGAAUGCUUCAAAUGAAUGAGCCUGGGGAAAAAAGAACUACCUUUAAAACAAAAAGAUCCUCUCCUUGCCCCCCGUCACAAAUAUUGUUAAGUUUUUAAUUCCAUUUAAAGCCACUGAAAUUCUAUUGCAGUAUUUUCAGAUAAUGUAAUCUUGUUUUGCAUUGACAUACAUACAAAUUAUGGAAUUUAUACAGCCUUUUUUGUUGUGAAGUUUUCACUGAUUAAAAAAAAAUAAAAAUUCUCAUUUUAUUAAGACAUGACUUAUUCAUGUAAUGUCGCAAAACUGUACAUAUGGCAGUGUGAAGUUUUUAAAAUUCAGUGUUUACUUCCUGCAGAAAAUUUGAAUAAAUGAAAAAAUGCAUUGAAUU